UGUUUACAACAGGGUUGGUUUAUUUAUCUACAAACAAACAAAAAAGAUAAUCUAUCAGAAUAAUCUCAUAAAUCCUUUACAUAUAGCAUCUUUAAUAUUAUUGUUUUGCUUUGAGUCCUCUUAUGUAUUUAUAGAUUAGCCUACUUUUUAAAUUCUCCUUUCACAAUACAGGACAAUAUAAUUGAAUUCAACCUAGUAGUAGUUUGUCAUCCUAUAAAAAUCCCAUAAAGUCACAGCGGUGUGACUGGAUGUUCGUGUUCCUCCUCCUUUACUUGUGUUUGGGGGGGAGGGCUCUGUUGGUGGGACUGGCCUCAUGACGCGCCUCUGUUGACAGUAGUAAAGCCUCCCCCCCCACACACACACUCACUCUCACACACAUACAUACACACACAGCCUCCACCUCAGUCGCACUCCCUCUCGCUGCAGCUGUCAGUGAAGCACCGCCGCUCUGCGCUCUCCAUCUCCGCGUCUUUACGCGCCCCAGCUGUUUGUGCGCACGUCUCACCCGCUCCGGAGCUCCAACCACGGCUGAAGUUGAGCUGCUGAAAAACCGCCUUUUUUUUUUUUUUAGCAACAACCCCCCCUCCCCUCCAACAUUUCGACAGAGUGGAGAGAAGGAAAACAGUAGGAAUAUGACUUCUGUGACUUCUGCAGCGAUGGCUUGUCUGAAACUGUCGGACUAUCAGAUGAAAGUGCUGGAGGAGAAUUUCAACAAAGUCACCAAGCAUCCGGAUGAAACGACGCUCAUGUUGAUCGCUGCGGAGUGCGGACUGUCAGAGAAGGAUACACAAAAAUGGUUCAAGCUACGUAACGCACUGUGGAGGGAGGCGGAGGGCCUUCCAGCUGAACUGGGCUCUGUGUUGGAUUGAGACUUUCUGACCACAGCGUUCCUCUCCUCUCCUCUCCUCUCCUCUCCUCUCCUCGACGCCUGAAGCUUUGUGCUGACCCUGUUUCUCUUGGACGAACUGACCUCCCCACCUCCUUCCUCAUACACUUCCCUCUCCAUCUGUCAUCUCUCUUUUUUUGUAUCUAUGAAGCUAUUUCAACUUACGGAAUGUGAAGGUGUUUGUGUGCUGUUGCCAAUAUAACCACCAUGUUUACAUAAAAUAAACAUAUUGUUAUUAUAAGUUAAA